GCAACCCCCUCCACAGUGCAUGUGACCUUCCAUCUAUUAUAGUGGGUCCCACCACUCUUCAUUCCUCUUCUCUCUCCACCUUUCCCCACCGUCGGACGAAGCGAGAGGAGACCAAGAUGUGCCAGCGGGGAAUGGAGCAGCGAUGCGCCGGCGGGGAACGAGCGGCGGCGGCGCGACACCACGUGAGGUCGGCGGCGGGAGGAGGCGGAGCAGCGGCGUGACCUCGGUGCCGCCACGCGGUGCCUGGAGGUGGCGCUGGCCCCGCUGCCCGCCGCGUCGCUCCUCCCGCUCACCGAGGCCCGGGUGCGGCUGCGUCUCGCGGCCCUGCUGCUGCGUUCCCGCUCCAAGGGCUUGCCACCACCAAGUCCCACCUCGAGCGUGCCUUGCUGCUCCCCUCCUCCCAGAGCUCUGGCGUGGAUAUCCGGCGGGCGGAGCGAUGGAUCCAGCGACGACGGAGCAGCUUCAGGGCGGCCAGAUCCAGCCGAGCGGCGAUGGAGCGGGGCGGAGCAGCGGUGAGGGCGCCGGGCGAAGCAGCGGUGAGGGCACUGAGCGGAGCAGCUGCGGGCGAUGGCGGCUCGCCGGAUCUCCUUCUCUCUUCAGCUCGCCUGCGCCAAAUCCCUCUCCCCUCUCCUCGUCGGCGCCUGCUGUUCUGGGCAACGACAACUAGCAGCGGGGUUGCGGUUGUGCGGAUGCCUGACGAAUCCUGGCUAUUCCCUGACGAAGAACGUGUGUCCCAUUUUGGCUCCCCGUUCCUCGCUUGGUCACGGUAGCGUCUGACAUGGAGGGGAAUCUUGGCUGAGGCUGGGUGAGGCUGAAUACCACCUAUGCGCACUGUGAACGCCCUGAGUCACCGGCAGCAGGAGCCUCCAACCCAAUGUUGGCUUUCCUUUUUGUUUGUGAUGAAGUAGUAGUAUAUGGAUGUACUGUCAACCUUGUACUAAUAUUUUCGCUGCAGCUUUUGUUAAAGCAAAAGCCAAGAUUUUCCCAUUAUCGAAAAAUAAAGCAGCCUCCAAACCCUGUACGGGCAACGGACUGAUGAAUGUACGAACUUCUACAGCGCAGAUAUGGACUGUUUCUUCUCCCUAGGAA